AUGGUCACACGUAUUAUUAAGAUUGGAGGUGCAUCGAUCACAGAUAAAAGUCAAUUUGAACAAGUUCGAUUGGCAAAUAUUGAUUUCAUUGUUGAUUUAUUUAAAACUAAUUAUAAAAAUUUGAUUUUAAUUCACGGUGCUGGAUCAUUCGGUCACCAUCAAGCGAAACAGUUCAAAUUAAAUCAGGGUUAUCUUGCAACGAAUGAUUAUGACAAAUGUCGUUGGGGUGUUUGUGAUACACGACGAUCACUAGGGCGUCUACAUCAAUAUCUUCUCAACGCUUUACUCGCUGCUGAAAUUCCAGUUGUCGGCGUUUCACCUUUUCAUUUCCUUGCUUCAGAUCAAUUUGAGCUAAUCAAUGAAAAUUUCCAACAUCUAUGUCAACAUCUAGAAAGACUUCUUUCCUACGGUUUUGUUCCGCUUCUCCAUGGUGAUGUUUUAUUAGAUAAAAGCAAACACUGGCGAAUAUACAGUGGUGAUGAUCUACUGCUAAAAUUAGCUGAACAUUUCAAACCGCGGCAAUGUCUAUUUUUGACAUCAGUACCCGGAAUUCUUCGAUCGGACGGAAGUGUGAUCGAAGAGUUUUAUAUAGAUGAAAAUCAAUUUGACGAACUCAAUUCCCAGUCGACUGCCAUCGACGUGACAGGUUCUAUGCAGAACAAAGUCACAAUCGCCAGUGAAAUUGUCAGGAAAAUUGACGGAUGUCAAGUAUUCAUUGUCCAAGGUGUCAGUGAUCAUUCACGGCAAAUCUUAUCUACACCAAUAGACAAUCCUAACAUUGUUUUAACCGGAUGCACACGGGUUUUGAAGAAAUAA